GUGCUAAAACAACAACAAAUUAUUUAUUUUUAUACGUGGUUCGUGGCUCGUUUAGCAUUUGAUUUGAAUGUUGUUCGAGCUUUUGCUGCACCGAAAUGCAUGCAAAGCUGAGCGAGAUGGAGUUGCGCAUAGCGACGCGCGUAAAUGAAGAGAUCGGCAAGGAUGCCAGCCGGCUGCAUCGCGCCAAUUUGCUGGUUACUCACUACAAGGAACGGCUGCAGGCCUUGUCCCAGACUCUGGACUAUGAGGACCCCCAGAAUGUGUCCUGCUACAAAUCUGCCUUCCAGUGCCAGCAACAAGUCUGCGAAAGCAUUGACUUCGAGCUGCAUAAACUGGCCCAGUUUAGGGAGAAGCUGCAGCAGAAACUCCUGGAGUGCCAGCCCACCUUGGACGGCGUGGCCGAGGAUCUGCAGCAAGUACGUCAGCUCCAACGUCUUUCACAGUAUCUGCGCCUGGUGCAGGAUGUCCAGGAGAUCAGCGGCGAUCUGAGCAGCAGCAUCAAGGGCAAGGACGAGGACAAGCUAGUCAACCUGUACCUCACACUCUACGAAAGCAACGACUGCGAGCACAGUGUGGUGGGGCGUCUGCAUGCCGUCCAGGCACGAUCGUUGCAAGCCUUCGCUGAGCGCACUGCCAUCUACUGGCACAAGCUGAUCAUCAAGCGACUGUCCAGCGAGUUUGAGACCGUUCUCAAGAGCAUGCGAUGGGCCCACAUGGAACAGCAAGCGUUGAACUAUUCCCCGACGCGGGACACCGAGAAGGCCCAACUGCUGGCGGAGUAUAUGUUCCUCAUCAAGUCUCCCGCCGAAGAACACGCUCCCCUGCGGAGUAUCACGCCUAGCAUUGUCUGCCAACCCAUCAGCCAGGUGGUGCAGCUUCUGCUAGCCCCAUAUCGGCAGCGAUUCACGUAUCACUUCACGGGCACACGCCAAACAAAUCGAUUAGACAAACCCGAAUGGUACUACACACAGAUUCUCAACUGGGGGAAGGAGACUCAUUUCUUUGUGGGCAAGACAUUCCAGCCAGCAGCGAUAAGGGCCGGAAAACUAGACUACAAUCUGAGGCUUGAAUUCAUGAGAGGCCUCGUGCAGUUGACCAUUGAAAAACUAGCCGGGGACAUUGAGCAGAUUGCCCAGGACGAGAUACUGUUUGCCCAUCUGCUGGAUGAGACCUUGGCCUUUGAGGCGGAGCUGCGUGAGACGUUUGGUUAUCCGGCCAGUUUUCCCAGCGCCAUUUCCGUCAUCACUCAGCCCAUGUAUUUGCUCCGCUGGAUUUCCUUGGAGGAGAGAUUCUGUGCGGAGAGAAUGGAUGAUAUACUGAUGGCGGAGUCGCCCUUCCAGUUGAUUGAUCCGAACACCUUCGAGGAUGAUUUGAAGAUACCGAGGUGUGCCGACCAGUUUAUGCGACUGCUGGAGGCUAUCAAGGAUCGCUAUUAUGGCUUGAUUCAACCGGGACACCAAUUGCAGUUCCUGCAGCUACAGCUCGAGCUGAUCGACAGCUUCCGGCGGCGUCUGGUGCAGUUGCACAGCAGCGGCGACGUGGGCAGCAUUCCCGUUCUGAAUGCCAUGAACUAUCUGAUCAUGGUGCUGCGCGAGUGGGGGGAGAAUGUGCACUAUCUGCAUUUGCAUUCCGCACUGGCCGGUCCCAAUGCCCAGGAGAUCCAUUCUGUAUUUGACCAUGCCGUUUCGGAGGUGGAGCACUGGUCGCGGCAGCUAAUGCGGAAUCUGGCCACGCGCGAGACCCAUGAAAUGAAGGCCAGGUCAAUGAACUAUCGCCAUGACUGCUGGCCAACUAUGCCGGAACACAAUUCCAAGGAGCCUUUCAUACUAUCGUCCAGUGGCGGCGAAAUGUUCCAGGUGCUGGUCACCAUGCUCCAUAAUCUGGAGCGCGAACUGUCCGCCAAUCUGUUCAAUCAGACGCUCCGAUUGAUAGCCCGCACACUCGAUGACUUCAUGCUCGAGAGCAUGGUCAUGAACACAAAGUUCUCUCCGGCUGGUGCAGCGCAGUUCAAUUACGAUAUGACUCGCAAUCUGUUCGCCCUCUUUGGCCAGUACACCCGCCGCCCAGAGCUACUCUUCAAGCGAAUUCACGACGCCACCAAACUGUUGACGGCAGCGCGGGGCACGGCAUUACUGCUAUUGGAGACGCUGCGCAGUACCCAAUCGGUGGAGGAGAAGACGAAACCCCUGAAGGAACUGAAGGUACUCAGCCUGGACAGUAGGCAGUGCAUUGAGGUCCUGGAGAGGAGGGUAGACAUUAAAAUGUUUUAAAUAAUGAAAAAUUAGUCAAACAAUUUAAUUGAUGAUGGGUCUUGUUUUGAACGGUUUAAGCGUGAAAAUAAUUCCAAAAAACUCUUGACUUCCAAAGGAGAAGUCGCCUUCAGUGAAGUAGGUUUCGAUUUAUUGAGCAAUGCAAACACUUUAUUUGUGGGAUUUUAAGUUUAAUUUGUAAAACGCUGACACAAUAAACAUGCGAUAACUGUAAUAAUAAAUUGUUCUAAAAAUACAUAGCAUAAAAUUAACAUAUGUAUAAAUCGCCGUGAUCAUCCCUGAAGUGCCUGGAGAUACAUAUACUCGUAAUAAUUGGGAUUGGGAUUCAUGCAAUCGUACUCAUAUGUGUGGGUGAGCGGAAAUCAGGGCUGAU